CCAUUUGUAUAUUUGAGGAUCAACAAGAGCCUUGUCCUUCUUCAGCUAAAAGAACAUGCCUUUUUAAGAAAAAUCCCGUCCGCUCCUAAACUUUCUUGUAUUACAUGUUUCAAGUUACUAUUUGGGUGCAGUGCAGAGUCUUGAAAAUACAAGAAUGUCAACUUGGGAUGAUGGUUCCAUGAGAAGCCUAAGUAAGAUAUCUGAGGAAGAAACUGUGCGGUUAAGUGUUGAUCUUGUUGCUGCUUCCAGACGAAAUCUUGGGUUCUUGAGACUUGUAUCUGAGUCUCAUUGGCUUCACGAGAAACCCACCAUUCUUGAAUCUAUUAGAAGGUAUGAUAAGUUAUGGAUGCCAUUGAUUUCUGAUCUUGCUAAUGGGUCAACACCUCCAAUGAUUCUCCCUCCUCUUGAUAUUGAAUGGGUUUGGUACUGUCACACCUUAAAUUCGGUCAGUUACAGGCAAUAUUGUGAAUCAAGGUUCUGUAAACUCAUUGGAAAAGCAACUAUAGUUAAUGAAGAAAAUGAAGAGUAUGCAUUAAACAGAUGCAAAGAAAUUUGGGUUCAAAGAUACCCAACUGAGCCUUUUGAAAAUGAAUCUGACUCCAAUUUACAGAACUUUGUCUCCAUUCUUCACGAAGAUCUUCUAAAUGAAGUAUCCAAACAGAGACAUUUAUACACCAAAUUUUCUGAGCCCUGCUAUUCAGAGAUUGUUUAUCUGAUAGCAGCUCGACAACGGUAUAAGGGCUUUCUGUAUAUGAUGCAUAGAUUUGCAGAUAGUUGCUCUAUUUUGGUCCCUACUUCAGAUAUUCUUCUAAUGUGGCUAACUCAUCAAAGUUAUCCUAGUGCGUACGCAUUGGACACAAAGGGGUUGGAGGAGGAAAUGAGAAAAGUAGCAGGACCAUGGGAGGUUGUGAAGGAAGAAGGAAUUGAGAACACAAAGAAAGUAUGGGAAAGAAUAUAUGAUCAGCCAUAUGAGAAAGCUGGUGGUUUGUCCAUUGGAAAUGCUGUUGAGGUCAAGACACCUAUCCACUGGGAAAUCACAGAUACUGAUGCCAAUGCAAAAUACUCAUCCAUGUUACCGCGAUUCUUGCUUGAGGUGAGUUGGAUCUUUUGCUUUCACGCUUUGUAAUUUCCCACUUGACAAUAUUAAAAUGAAGACAUGUUAGAAUGCAGUCACGGGAGUGUAGGGUAUCCUAAUAUUGACUGUUUGAUUGGUCUGUGCUAGCUUUUAUCAUUUCUUCCUCUUUUCAAUAGUUGCAGUUGUAAUAAAAAACUGAAGGAGGACUUAUAAAGGUAUAUUAGUUUAUGUCCAAGUUGGUACCCUAUCAUCAUC